AUGGCGCUGGCUCGAAGCGGCCAGGCCGUGUGGCCUGGAAACCGUUGGCAGGAAGCCAGAGCACUGCCCGUGCGGGGCGGGCGUCUGCGUGCGGCAUCUCUGGCUGCGCGGUACCCCACCUUGCCCACUGCUGCCACAGAGCCAGGCUGGGGUCAGUGUGAGCUCAUGGCCAUGUCGGCGGAGACUCAGACGCUUGUGUCUAGUAGAGAGGCCGCCUUGCCAACCCCGGCUCUGCCCACCCUUAGUGCUCUGGUAGUGAGACCUGGUGCUGCCCAGGGGACACCAGACUGGGCCGCUGCCAUCCGCGUCGCCGCCCUGGAUUGUGCAGAAGAAAAGAAUCAGGAGGUGUGUCGCACCUAUGACAUCCACUUCUACCCCACCUUCCGGUAUUUUAAAGCAUUUACGAAGGAAUUUACAACGGGAGAAAAUUAUAGAGGGCCUGACAGGGAGCUGCGCACGGUCAGGUGGGCAAUGAUCGACUUCCUGCAGAACCACACGGAGGGCCACCGGCCACCGGCCUGCCCGGCUCUGGAUCCAAGCACGCCCAAGGAUGUGCUCGCCCUCCUCGGCAGACGUGGCAGCCACUAUGUGGCUGUGCUGUUUGAAGGCAACAGCUCCUACGUGGGACGAGAGGUGAUCUUGGACCUGAUUCCAUACGAGAACAUCGUGGUGCGCAGAGUGCUGGAUGGGGACAAGGCUGUGCUGGAGCAGCUCGGGGUGGCUUCGCUGCCCUCCUGCUACUUGCUGCACCCCAACGGCUCCCACGGUCUGGUUCAUGUUGCGAAGCCUCUCCGAUCCUUUUUUUCCUCUUACUUGAAGUCAUUGCCAGACGUAAGGAAAAAAUCAGUUUCCUUGCCUGAAAAGUCCAACAAAGAAGAAAACACGGAAAUUGUGGUUUGGAGAGAAUUCGACAGGGCCAAGCUGUACACGGCCGACCUGGAGUCGGGGCUGCACUAUCUGCUGCGGGUGGAGCUGGCUGCCCACAGGUCGCUGGCUGGAGCUGAGCUGAAGACCCUCCGGGACUUUGUGACUGUUGUUGCCAAGCUGUUCCCUGGCCGGCCACCUGUCAGGAAGCUCCUGGGGACACUGCAGGAGUGGCUGGCCACAUUGCCCCUGGACCGGAUCCCCUACAACGCUGUCCUGGACCUGGUCAACAACAAAAUGCGGAUUUCUGGGAUCUUCCUCACCAACCAUGUGCGGUGGGUGGGCUGUCAAGGCAGCCGCCCGGAGUUGAGGGGCUACCCGUGUUCCCUCUGGAAGCUCUUCCACACCCUGACUGUCCAAGCCUCCAGCCACCCAGAGGCGCUGGCCGGCACAGGGUUUGAAGGUGACCCCCAGGCUGUGCUGCAGGCCGUGCGGAGGUACGUGCGCACCUUCUUUGGGUGUGAGGAGUGCGGCCAGCACUUUGAGGAGAUGGCUGUGGAGUCCCUGGACACCGUGAAGACCGCAGACCAGGCGGUGCUCUGGCUCUGGAGGAGGCACAACGCCGUGAACAGCCGCCUGGCAGGCCAGCUGAGCGAAGACCCCAAGUUCCCCAAGGUCCCAUGGCCCACUCCAGACCUCUGCCCCGCCUGCCACGAGGAAGUCAAGGGCCUGGACAGCUGGCACGAGGGCCAGGUGCUGGCAUUCCUGAAGCAGCACUACAGCAGCAGUAACCUGGAAGACAUGUACUCUGCGGACCUGGGGGACGCCGGAGACACGGGGGCCCUGGGCCAGGGGCUGGUGGGAGACAGAGCGCUCACUGCCCCCGAGAGACCCCAGGGGCCCCAGCAGGCAGCGAGCCUUCGCCCGCCUCUCGGGCCCAGCCCCAGGACCAGACUUUCGGAGAGCCCGCAGCACAGGCUGGACAGGAGGGCCCAAAGUCCGCGGGGGCGGCAGGAGGCCGAGGCCGCGCCCUUCCUUGGCCUGGGCUUCUCCAGCCUGGACAUGAGCCUCUGCGUGGUGCUCUAUGUGGCUUCGUCCCUGUUCCUGAUGCUCAUGUACUUCUUCUUCCGAGUUCGCUCCAAGCGGUGGAAAGUUCGACUCUACCACCCCGCCGUGUAGCAGCUGCCAGCCGGGGUGGCAGACAGCUCAGCCCAGAGGAGCUGGACCACCCUGCCCCCAUGCCCUGCAGCUUUAGCAUUGUGAUUGGGGGUUUUGUAGACGUGUGGGGCCUGGACCCUGCCAUGUGGCCCUUGGGUGCUGGUCCCUGUCCACAGCAGCCACAGUUCCUGAGUCAGUCCCUUGGAGGGUAGGAAGAGCACGCAGGCCACCACAGGACUGUGCUUAGGCUCCUGCAGGGCCUGGCUUCUCAGCUCGGAAGAACUUCCUGGAGGUGGCCUCACGGUGACGCAGCAGAGCUGCAGCAGUGGCUUCCGGGUGCCUUGAAGCAGAUGCACACAGGUCCUAGCUUUGCCACCAGUGCCUUUCAGCCACUUGGCUGUUCCUGCCUGACCUGUGGCUGAGGGCACUUGGGUGGGGCAGUGGAGGGCUCUGGUCUCCUCUGCCUGCAGGCCGGGAGGGCCGGAGUUUGGGAGCUUGGCUUUCUAAGAGUGAGCCUGGGGACCGUGGGAGCAAACUUGGGGCUUCCAGGGUAAAGGCAGUGACAUGAGGGCCACCCCCUGUGGCUGUCAGGGCCAGUGUGGGUGCAGUCUAUGGGAGGCCUACAUGGCAGCCCCUUGGUCUCCUGAGUUCUUUGUCAUCCUGCCCCAAGGCGGCACUGGGGAGACCCUAGAGGGAGGGCCUUUACAGGUGCCUCAGGCUCCUUGGGUUGGUAUGUUUUGUUUCUUUUGGCCAUUUAGCAGUUGAAACCCAGUCUGUAACACCUGAAACCUGUUAGUGGUAAGUUUGCCACCCCAGGCUUCAGAAGCAGUGCAAAGCAGACAUUCCAGGGAGUCUGUCCUUUCCCCGCGGGGCCCGAGGCGUGUCUGGCAAGCUGCUGGGUCAGCUGCAUCUGCAUGCCUGUCGGUGCUCACGCACGUGUGGCCGGGAUAAUUGUAAAUACUUUUCCACUUUCCGUUUUACAUUUUAUACUCCCGCGUUUCCUAACAACGGUUGGCUACAUGGGUGUCACUAAGAGCCUGUCCCCUCAGUGUCCUUGCUGCAGCGUGAGACGUGUGGACAGCCGUUGCUUACCUUGCUCCCCUGAGCAGAGCAGAGGAGGGGCAGGGCACCUCUGGGAGCGAGUGGCCCGGCUGCCCCGCCUCACCUCCUGUUUCAUUCUUCUUCCUUCUCACAAGCUGGUCUUGGUCACUGGUUUUUGUGCCUGGUAUACUGACUGGUUUUUUUGUUUGUUUGUUUCAUUUUUCCUGGAAUCGAACUCAGGACCUUGCACUUGCCAGGCAGGUGCUUAUGCCUCUGAGCCGUCUUCCCAGCCCCAGUGCCUGGCAUAUUGAAGUCCUGAGUUGUCUGUUUGCUUGAGAAUCCUUAGUCAAACAGCUCUGCAUGGCAUUGGCUGAGUGUUUCCCAGGAAUCUGGACUCUGCAGCUGAGGGCCACUGCCACACGGGUCUUUGAAGUGGGGGUUGCCACUGAGGGGCCACCAGUGGAACAGGAAGGCAGGUGGCUGACACAGUGGCCCAUUUGUUCUGUGGCCUGCGAGGCCCAGGGCCACCCAUAGGAACUGCAUAAGGUCUGUUUUCUAAAGUUCUAAGUAUUGUAAGAGGUAUGGAGACUAAUGAAUAUAAUAGUGAAGUAAUUAAAUGUUUAUUUUUAAUGAAAAUAUUUUGAUUAAAAAGCCAAUUGACGUGGAAAUGUUAGUGGAAUUUCUUACCUGCAAAGGAAGUGGACAUUUUGUAUUUAAGUAAACUAAUAUUGUGCACAUUUUAAGAAUAAAGAAAACGU